AUGGCGCGCAAGAAGGUGCGGCCGCGGCUCAUCGCCGAGCUGGCCCGUCGCGUGCGGGCCCUCCGGGAGCAGCGGAACCGGCCGCGCGACUCGCAGCGCUACGCCCGGGACUACGAGACGCUGACGCGGCCGUACUCGGGCCGCCGGCUGCCGGUGCGCGCCUGGGCCGACGUGCGCCGUGAGAGCAGCCUGAUGCAGCUGCUCGCCCGCCUUCCGCUCUUCGGCCUGGGCCGCCUGGUCACGCGCAAGUCCUGGCUGUGGCAGCACGACGAGCCGUGCUACUGGCGCCUGACGCGCGUGCGGCCCGACUACACGGCGCAGAACCUGGAGCACGGGAAGGGCCUGGGGGCGUGCUGACCUUCAAAGACGGAGAGCGAGGCACGGGAGAUCGGGCAGGUCAUGUACCACGACUGGCGGCUGGUGCCCAAGCACGAGGAGGCGGCCUUCACCGCGUUCACGCCGGCGCCGCCCGAGGACGCUUCGCGCUGCGUGCCCUACCCGCCACUCCU